GGGGCAGGGAGUAGGUAGAGCACGGCCACUGCGGAAAAUAUUUGUUGGGUACUCGUUCAUCUUCUCUACGGAUUCGUUGCUUCCUUCCUCGAUUCGUACCGCCGCAGAUCCACUCGGAUCGUAAUCUACACGAUGUCUAACGAGUUCUUGCGACUGGAAAAGGGACGGGAUUUUGGUGAGAUCCGUCGCCAUGGAUGAACAGUACUCGGAUGCAGCUGGAAAUGUGAUCAGGGAGCAAGCAGCUAAAGGGUUGAACCCAGGGUUGGGGGUCCUGCUUGUUGUGGGGGGCCUUCUGCUGCUCUUCCUCGGCGGGAACUAUGUUCUCUAUAUGUAUGCACAGAAGACCCUUCCGCCAAAGAAGAAGAAGCCAGUCUCAAAAAAGAAGUUGAAGAGGGAAAAGCUCAAGCAAGGGGUCUCUGCACCGGGAGAGUAAAAAUAGUCUUCAUCGUAACUUCGCCUCAGAGUCGUUCUACGCUAAUCCCCAAUGAUGAUUUUGCCUUUUGGCAUGCAGAAAGACUAGUAGUUAGGAAUUUGAGGUGGGUUGAAGUCCCAACUGAAUGGUUUAUUGUAUUAUCAUGAUGAUUUUGCCUUUUGGCAUGCAGAAAGACUAGUAGUUAGGAAUUUGAGGUGGGUUGAAGUCCCAACUGAAUGGUUUAUUGUAUUAUCAUGUUGCUUAAACCGACUCCCAACUCAUUGUCCAAGUCUUCAAUCUCGUCUUUUUUUCA